GAAGAAGAACCUGAGCCAGAGAUGGAAACUCAAGAAGAAAAUGCAACUCAUGUAGAUGAUGACGGAGAACAAAACUACUACACACUUGCCCACACGAUCAAAGAGAAAAUUAAUGACCAGGCUUCUAUCUUGGUCAAUGGAAGGCUGAAGGAGUACCAGCUCAAAGGUCUGGAGUGGCUGGUAUCUCUGUACAACAACAAUCUGAACGGCAUUUUGGCUGAUGAGAUGGGUCUGGGGAAAACUAUCCAGACUAUUGGUCUAAUCACUUAUCUCAUGGAAGCCAAGCAUGUCAAUGGACCCUACCUUAUUAUUGUCCCUCUGUCGACACUUUCCAAUUGGAUGCUGGAGUUUGACAAGUGGGCCCCAUCUGUCAUUAAAAUUCCAUACAAGGGGUCUCCAAAUGUGCGGCGUGCUCUGACUCCACAGCUGAAAGCUAACAAGUUCAAUGUUCUGCUCACUACUUAUGAGUACAUCAUUAAGGAUAAGGCUACACUUUCCAAGAUACGCUGGAAAUACAUGAUUAUUGAUGAAGGUCACCGCAUGAAGAAUCACCAUUGCAAGCUGACAGUUAUCCUGAACACCUAUUAUAAUGCUCCGAAUAGACUGCUUCUCACUGGAACACCAUUGCAGAACAAGCUUCCUGAACUGUGGGCCUUGCUAAACUUUCUGCUGCCAUCAAUCUUCAAGGCUUGUGCUACAUUUGAACAAUGGUUUAAUGCACCUUUUGCCAUGACAGGAGAAAAGGUGGAGCUGAAUCAGGAAGAGACACUCCUGAUCAUUCGACGUUUGCACAAGGUGUUACGUCCCUUCUUGUUGAGACGUCUCAAGAAAGAAGUGGAAUCUCAGUUGCCAGAGAAGGUUGAGUAUGUUAUCAAGUGUGAUAUGUCAGCUCUGCAGAGGCUCAUCUACAACCACAUGCAGUCUAGAGGAGUGCUGCUUACAGAUGGUUCUGAGAAAGACAAGAGGGGUAAAGCAGGAACCAAAACCCUGAUGAACACUAUCAUGCAGCUGCGUAAGAUCUGCAACCACCCAUUUAUGUUCCCGCACAUUGAGGAGGCCAUUGCUGAUCAUGUAGGUUGUCAUGGAAGCAUCAGUGGACCGGAACUGUACCGAUCGUCAGGCAAGUUUGAACUGUUAGAUCGAAUUCUACCCAAGCUCAAGUCUUCAGAUCACAAGGUGCUGCUUUUUUGUCAGAUGACUUCACUCAUGAGCAUCAUGGAGGAUUACUUUGUCUACAGGGGAUUUCGUUACCUGAGGUUGGAUGGCACCACCAAAUCAGAAGAUCGUGGCAACUUACUGGCCAUGUUCAAUGCCAAAGAUUCUCCCUACUUCAUUUUCUUAUUGAGUACCAGAGCAGGAGGUCUGGGGCUCAAUCUGCAAACAGCUGACACCGUUGUCAUUUUUGAUUCUGACUGGAAUCCUCACCAGGAUCUUCAAGCUCAGGACAGAGCUCAUCGUAUCGGCCAGAAGAAUGAGGUGCGAGUGCUACGUCUGAUGACAGUCAACUCUGUAGAAGAACGCAUCCAAGCAGCUGCCCGCUACAAGCUGAACGUGGACUCUAAAGUUAUCCAAGCUGGCAUGUUUGAUAACAAAUCCACCAAUAUAGAGAGAAAGCAGUUCCUCCAGGCUUUGCUUACACAGGAAGUUGACGAAGAUGAGGAAGAGGAUGAAUUUCCAGAUGAUGAAACUAUAAAUCAGAUGUUAGCCAGGACAGAGGAUGAAUUUGAGGCUUAUCAGAGGAUGGACAUAGACAGACGACGGGCUGAAGCCAGAGAUGGAAACAGAAAGCCUCGUUUGAUGGAAGAGAGUGAGCUACCCUUGUGGAUUGUGAAAGAUGUAAAGGAGGUGGAGAGACUGACAUUGGAGGAUGAAGAAGAUAAGCUGUUUGGCAGAGGAAACCGAGCCCGCAAGGAAGUGGACUAUUCUGAUUCUCUCACUGAAAAGCAGUGGCUGCGGGCAAUUGAAGAUGGAAACUUGGAUGAAGUUGUGGAAGAGAUCACGAAGAAACACAAAAAGCCAAAGAAAAGAAAGUCUGAAGCAUCCACCCCUGGUACAAGCAAGAGAAAGCAGCACCUGGAUGAUGAACCGAGGGAGAAGAAGAAGCGAGGGCGGCCACCACUGGAAAAACAGCAGCCAAAUCCACCCAAUUUGACUAAGAUGAUGAGAAAGCUCUAUAAUAUUGUGGUCAAUUACAAAGACAACGAUGGGAGGGUGUUGAGCACCAUGUUCACGCGACUGCCGUCGCGCAAGGCUGCACCAGAAUACUAUGAAAUCAUUCCCAAUCCCCUGGACUUCAAGAAGAUUAAUACCCGAAUAUCAACUCAUCGCUACCGUACGCUAGAUGAACUAGAGUCUGACAUAAUUGAGCUGUGUCAGAACGCUCAGAGUUUUAACAUGGAAGGUUCAGUUAUAUACGAGGAUUCUAUAGUCCUGCAGUCUGUGUGUACGAACGCCAAAGAAAAACUAGAAAAGGACAUAGCUAAGGGGAAACAAGAUGAAUCAUCCAGUGAGAGUGAAAACAACAGUGAGGAAGAAGAGAAAGAGGAGGAAAGUGAAGAGGAUGGGGAUGAUGAGGACAGCCAAGCAGUAAGAACACGGAAGAAAAGAGAUGAAAGAGGUGGAAAUAGUGGAAAGAAAGUUCACAAAGAGCCUGAGAAGACACGUAAAAAUGUCAAACGGCGAUCAGCAGCCAAGCUGAGGCACCCGGUGAUCAGCGAUGAUGAGAGUGAAGAUGACAAGGUCUGA